AUGGCUUUUGGAUCAAAUUUUCUUCUUUUGACGAUAUUAGUUGCUUUCACCUUCUAUCAUGUUUUUGCAACAACAAACGAUGAUGAAAAGUUACAUAAUUCAUCUGAACAUGAUGAUUGGAAGUCCAUAUCACCAAAAGAUUUAAACGAUCCUAAAUUAGUGGACAUUGCAAAUUUUGCGAUAAAUACAACUAAUUUGGAAACAAAAUACGCUGAAUUGGAAUUUCAGAGUAUAUCAGAAGGAAGAUUUAAAGUUGAUAAUAAUGGCACCACUUAUGACUUGCUAAUUGUCGCCAUGGAAUUUGAUGAAUUAAAUGUUUAUGAAACAGUUGUUUUUGAGAAUUCUAAGGACAAUGUUAGAAAACUUAUUUCCUUUGAUUAA